AUGGAUAGUUUGGCGGCCGCGGAGUAUAUCAGUACUGGCGGUAAUCGCCACAGCGCCGCAUCUGACUGGUCAAGUCACUCCGGCAUCUUGGCUUAUGGCGCAGAUCAGAAUAUCGCUCUCUGGAGACCAAUUGACGAGGACGUCCGCGGGAUCUACGCGCUCUUGAAUGGUCAUGGAGCGAAAGUCACGGCCAUUCGGUUCCUGAAAGAGCCAAACGACCAUGACUUAAGUGAGAUCAUCGUGUCGGGAUCAGCAGAUGGUGAGGUAAGGAUCUGGACAGCAGGGGAGGAAGACCAGUGGUCUUGUACUGCAACGGUCAAGGGGCACGAAGGCGCCGUCAAUUGCAUCGCCACCUCUGUGAACGGAGAACUGUUAGCUACUGGUGGCGCCGACUCUGUCAUCAAACUCUGGCGUUGGCAAGACGGUGGACUCACUCUUGUAAGCGCUACAAAGACUCAACCCCGGUUCAUACCGCUCAGCCUCGCACUCGGCCACUUCCGAGACUCAGCUUCAACCAACUCCGCUUUCCUAGUUGCGGGAGGUACGAGGAACGAUGUAUAUGUCUACGCCCUGAACCACCUCCGUACUCAGCCCGAGGUCAAGCACUGUGCAACCUUGAGCGGUCACGAGGGUUGGAUCAGAUGCCUGUCACUUCGAAGCCUGAAGUCCGGGGCCUAUCUGCUAGCCUCGACAAGUGCGGACAAAUAUGUGCGUUUGUGGAAGUUCAGCUCUGGAGAAGAACAACCCAACGGCAUCGUUCGCGAUAAUGCUGACAUUGCUGUGGACCGAGGCUCACUGACUGCCAAAGUACAAACGGUAUCCGCUGAUGAAAACAGCUUCGCGAUCACUUUCGAGGCAUUGCUUCUUGGUCACGAAGACUGGGUCUACUCCGCAGCCUGGAACCCAAGUCCCGAGUCUGAACAGUUGCUCACAGCCUCAGCGGACGGGUCACUCACUAUCUGGGAGCCAGAUCCAUCGUCCGGGAUCUGGGUCAGUGUCACCAGGCUGGGCGAGAUAAGCGGCCAAAAGGGUGCGACCACAGCGACAGGCUCUGCGGGUGGGUUUUGGAAUGCUCUUUGGUCACCGGAAGGCAAUGCAGUAACCUGCCUGGGACGCACCGGAGGCUGGCGGCUAUGGAUUUUCGAUCUGGGUCAGCAAUAUUGGACGCAAAAGACAGCUGUCACUGGCCACGUAGGCUCGGCCAAUGGUAUCUCCUGGGCUCCGAACGGCUCUUAUCUGCUCUCUACUGGAUCUGACCAGACUACACGCCUCCACGCAGAAUGGCGACGGGGUACAAAACGGACUUGGCACGAGUUCGCGAGACCACAGAUCCAUGGCUACGACUUGAAUUGCGUCUCAAGUACGACUGGGAGUCAAUUUGCCUCUGGUGCCGAUGAGAAGCUAUUACGAGUUUUCGACGAACCUAAGUCAACUGCCAGACUGCUCGAGCGCUUGUGUCGAGUGCAGGAGCCUCAAGAGGAAUCUCUCCCCGAAGUUGCAUCCAUUCCAGUACUCGGUCUGUCCAACAAGGCUAUGGAUGAGGCUGCCGGUAUCGACGAUGCUCCCGAAUCCAACGGCUUUGAUCAAGCACCAGUAGUUGAUAAUAGCGCUUCAUUCGAACAGCUUCAGGAGCCUCCAGCGGAAGAUCUAUUAGCCAGACACACUCUUUGGCCUGAACGCGAGAAGCUGUACGGCCACGGCUAUGAGAUCUCCGAGUCGGCAUCAAAUGGUCACACUCUGGCCACAGCAUGCAAAGCAAGCUCGCUUGAUCACGCAGUGAUCCGACUAUAUGACACAACAACAUGGGAUGAGAUACGGCCGCCGCUGUCUGCGCAUACACUUACAGUGACCCGUCUAGCUUGGUCGCCGGGUCCGGACAGUCUCCUUUUGAGUGUCGGUCGAGAUAGGCAGUGGGCCAUAUUCAAGCAAACGCAAGCCUCGCAGAGUUGGCAGUUACUGCAAUCGAACCCAAAAGCACAUUCAAGGAUGAUUCUCGAUGCUGCCUGGUGCCCUGAAGGGAGCCGGGUUUUCUUCGCAACUGCUGGGAGAGACAAGUCAAUCAAACUAUGGGCUCAAGAGCAGCCGGACAAGGAAUUCGCGUUGUCGCAGACAAUCAGCCGAAAAACAGCGGUCACUGCGGUGGCAAUAACAGCUACUAGUAAGAGCAACGUCGUCUGCCUUGCUGCGGGUGAAGACGACGGGACUAUGUCCGUUCACCUCAUCGAUGCAGGUGAAGGUAUGGCACUGGUUGGAAGCCUGACACUGCCAGCACGCGAUUGUCCAGCAACGACAGUCAAUCGGCUUGCCUGGAGACUUGUUGCACCGAGCCAAGACAAAGAUGGCCCUGGGAUCCCCCUGGCAGUUGCAUCUGCGGACAGCUCGGUGAGGAUUCUUCGUAUAGACGUACAAUGUCUCAUUGACGGCGUACAACCGUGA